AUGACUCUCAAACAUGAACCUCAACCUGACCCGAUAGGAAACACAUUCAUCUGCAGUUGUAAAGAUGGACUCACUGGAGUCACGUGUGAGGAGGACAUCAACGAGUGCGAGCGAGAGGAGUGCAAGAACGGCGGCUCCUGCGUCAACGUGUUCGGCUCCUUCCUCUGCAACUGCACCCCCGGCUACGUGGGUCAGCACUGCGGGAUGCGCCCCGUGGUGGUGCCCGACAUCCAGGCCGGCCACUCCUACGUGGGGAAGGAGGAGCUCAUCGGCAUCGCCGGCGUCCUCUUAGUCAUCUUCAUCUUGAUCGUCCUCUUCAUCGUCUUCCGCAAGAAGGUCUUCCGCAAGAACUACUCCCGCAACAACAUCACGCUGGUGCAGGACCCCGCCACGGCCGCGCUGCUCAACAAGAGCAACGGCAUGCCCUUCCGGACCCUGCGCGGCGGCGACGCGCGCAACGUCUACCAGGAGGUGGGGCCCCCGCAGGUGCCCGUGCGCCCCAUGGCCUACACCCCGUGCUUCCAGAGCGAUUCCAGAAGCAACCUGGACAAGAUCGUGGACGGGCUGGGGGGCGAGCACCAGGAGAUGACCACGUUUCACCCCGAGUCACCCCGCAUCCUGACAGCCAGGCGGGGUGUGGUCGUGUGCAGUGUGGCCCCCAACCUCCCCGCCGUGUCGCCCUGCCGCUCGGACUGCGAUUCCAUCCGGAAGAAUGGCUGGGACGCAGGGACUGAAACAUCCAUAGUGACUGUCAUUCAGCUUGUCAACAAUGUAGUUGACACUAUAGAAAAUGAAGCCUAUCACUGGGAUACCUCUGAUUGGAUGCCAGGGGCCCGCCUGUCAGAUAUAGAGGAAAUGCCCAACUAUGAGAACCAGGAUGGAGGGUCUGCACACCAAGGCAGCACACGGGAGCUAGAGAGCGAUUACUACCUGGGCGGCUAUGACAUCGACAGCGAAUACCCACCUCCUCAUGAGGAGGAGUUCUUGAGUCAGGACCAGCUGCCCCCUCCCCUGCCAGAGGACCAUCCUAGCCAAUACCUCCCUCCUCACCCCUUCCCCAAUGAAACCGAUUUGGUGGGCCCACCUGCCGGCUGUGAGUUUAGUACUUUUGCCGUGAGCAUGAACCAGGGCCCAGAGUCCACAGGCCCAGCAGACAACGUGUCUUCAUCCUUGCACAGUUCCAGAGGCACCUCAUCCUCGGAUGUGUCAGCCCACUGCGGCUUUGACGAUUCCGAAGUAGCCAUGAGUGACUACGAGAGCGUGGGAGAGCUCAGCCUCGCCAGCCUUCACAUUCCAUUCAUCGAGACCCAGCACCAGACCCAAGUGUAAAGGGCACGUGGCAUGGGCUUUGCACUGUUUGUUACAGAAACAUGGAAGGAGAUUAGCUGGGCUUACAGCUCAAUGGAGAGUUGUCUGUUGAGGGAGAAGGAAAUCGAGUAUUUUCCGCUAAGAACUUCUUCACAAAUAAUACUGUCACAGGCAAGCUCGGUUCCAGUUGGGGGAUAAAGAGAGGCUCAGAAUUUGUUUCUGAGCGGUGACUGGUAAUCUUCGCAGUAUGUACCUGCACUUAGACUGCACGCCUAAUUUUUAAAGGAGGAAAAGUUGUUUCACCCACAGAGUUACCCACCGUAAAUCUUUUAUCACUUUGUGCAGUAUUGUGCCCUGGAAACUAUUGCAGCAUCCGUCUUUGCAGUAUUAUUAACUGGCAACAAUCAAAAAGGCAUUGUUGUGUGUAAUUUUGAGCCAGUGGGGGAGGGAGGAAAAUAGUAGUUACAGUUGUUGGAAAAGUUAGUCUCUUAGGCGAAAGAAAAGAGAAACAAAUGUUAUUAAACA